AAGCUGUUUCUUAAACAGAAUCCAGUUCCUUUUACCAGAAACGGAAUCUUCAUUUUAAGCUUCUUUCCAGGCUUUUGAACAAAUACAAUUCUAAAGAGGAAAAGUGGCAUUUGUAAGUCAUGGCUUCCUCCAGCAGUGUCCUGAGUGAAGAUCAGCUCCAGUGUUCCAUCUGUCUGGAUGUGUUCACUGAUCCAGUCUCGACUCCAUGUGGACACAACUUCUGUAUGAUCUGUCUCAAUGAGUUCUGGGACAGCAGUUCACACUGUCAGUGUCCAAUGUGUAAAACAGAUUACCUCGAAAGACCUGAGUUGCGUGUGAACAUGUUCAUCUCUGGACUUGUUGCUGCAUUUAAGAAGUCAGUUCAAGUGAAAUCCAGCAGCGCUGCAGAUCAGGUUCGCUCAAAGACGAAGAAUGUUCUGUGUGACUCCUGCACUGAGGAAAAGCUGGAGGCUCUAAAGUCCUGUCUGCACUGUGGAGUUUCUUUCUGUAACACUCAUCUGAUGCUCCAUAAAACUACACCGAAACUCAUGAAGCACAAACUGAUGGAUCCUGUGGAGAAUCUGGAGGACUACAUCUGCCAGAAACAUGACAGACCCCUGGAGCUGUUCUGUAGAGACGACCAGACACAUGUGUGUCAGUUCUGUACUGAAGGAGAGCACAGAACUCACAACACUGUUUCUAUAUGGAUGGAAGUUGUCUCAAAGAAGAGUGAGUUGUGGUUUAUGCAAGUAGAAGUUCAGCAGAUGAUCCAGGAGCGACUGAGGAAGAUUGAGGGAAUCAAACAUUCUGUAGCACUCAAAAAUAAAAUCACAGAGAAAGUAGACAUUGUGGAGAUCUUCAGUGCUCUGAUGCGCUGCAUUGAGAGAAGCCAGGCUGAGCUACCUAAGGUGAUGGAGGAGAAGCAGGAAGCAGCAGAGAUGCAGGCUGAAGAGUUCAUUAAAGAGCUGGAGCAGGAAAUCACUGAGCUAAAGAGGAGAAACACUGAGCUGGAGCAGCUCUCACACACUGAGGAUCACCUCCACUUCCUCCAGAUUUACCCGUCACUCCGCAUCCCUCCACACACCAAGAACUGGACUGAUUUCAGCAUUAACUCUCAUCUGAGUGUGAUAACUCUGAUCAGAAAGAUGAUUCAGGAGAUGCUCAGGAUGGAAGUAGACAAGAUUGAACUAAAAGGACUUCAGCAAUAUGCAGUGGAUGUGACUCUGGAUCCUGAUACAGCGUGUCCUGUUCUCAUCCUGUCUGAUGAUGGGAAACAAGUUACAUGUGGAGACACAGAACAGGAUCUCCCUGAUAACCCAGAGAGGUUUGAUAUUUGUGUCUCUGUGCUGGGAAAGGAGGGAUUCUCCUCAGGGAGAUUUUACUAUGAGGUGCAGGUCAGAGGGAAGACUAAGUGGGAUUUAGGAGUGACCAGAGAGUCCAUUAACAGGAAAGGGGAGAUUACAGCCAGUCCUGAAGAUGGAUACUGGAGUGUGCGUCUGAGGAAUGAGACUGAAUAUGAGGCUCUGGACUCUCCUCGUGUCUCCCUCUCCUUGAAACAGGCUCCUCAGAAGGUGGGGGUGUUUGUGGAUUAUGAAGAGGGUCUGAUCUCCUUUUAUGACACUGAUGCAAAAUCUCAUAUCUACUCUUUCACUGGUCAGACUUUCACUGAGAAACUUUAUCCAUUAUUCAGCCCCGGUCUCAAUGAUGGAGGCGAAAAUUCAGCACCACUGAUCAUCUGCCCUGUUAAUUAGUCUGAUAAUAUUUGUUGGAUUUAAAUCUCUGUUAGCAUCCAUGCCAUGGAUGUUAGUGUUUUGUUAACUUUAUCAUUCUUCUGACCAUAUUUCAUGUAAAAAAAAAAAGCAAAAAUAUUUGUUCUUCAAUGGUUAUCCAGAUCCUUUGACAGUCUCCACUGGUGUAAAAGCAGAUCUGAAUGAUGAAUGUGUUUCAAACACUUUUGAUAUUAUCCUGUUUUUCCUGUUCUUCUGUAAACUCAAGCCUGUUCAUGAGUUGGCUUGCUCAAAAUAAACAAAACAGAUCACAUA